ACUCUGCAUGUUGCGGCGCGACUGAUUUCAAACUCAUGCGAAAAUGGCCUUGGGACGCGCAGUAAUUCCUCAUUAUCGAACACGAAAAACAGGUAAAACGAUAAUCGGUCUUCCUGUUGGUACGAUGACAUUUGAAUGUCAAUGCCGCGGAUUCGUGUCUUCGGAGCGUUUGGUUUAAUAUAACAGACUACUAUAUGUUUUGUUGGUGAUCUAUUUCGAGGUCUUGAUCAUGGAUAACUGUGGCAAAGCGCUGGAGAAAAACCCAGCGGAUUUGACUGUCAUGGAUGUUUACGACAUUGCAGCUGUGAUGGGCCAGGAGUUCGAGCGUAUAAUCGAUCAAUACGGCUGUGAAUCGUUGACCCGGAUCAUGCCCAAGGUAGUGCGGGUUCUAGAGAUUCUGGAGGUGCUAGUGGGUCGCAACAAUAUCAGCGCGGAGACCGAGGAGCUGCGUUUGGAACUGGACAGGUUGCGACUGGAGAGGAGAGAUCGCUUGGAGCGUGAGAAAAGACACCAAAAGGAGCUGGAGCUGGUGGAGGAUGUGUGGAGGGGAGAGAGCCAGGAGCUGUUGUCUCAGAUUGCAGAGCUGCAGUCUCAGAAUAAGGGCCUCAUGAGCAGCCUGGCUCUGCGGGACAACCUCUCUGACCAGGAGAAGCUGCAGCAGGACGGUAUGUCAGAGAAAGAGAAACAAGUUGUGAGAAAGCUGAAGGAGGUGGUUGACCAGCAAAAGUGUGAGAUCCAAAACAAAGAUCAUGAGCUCAUGCUGAAGAGUGAAGACUUGGAGGCCCUUCAGAUGCAGCAGCACAGGCUGAUGCGGAUGAACCAGGAGCUGCGGCAGCGCGUGGGGCUGGUGGAAGCGCAGGGCAAGGCGAUGAUCCAGCAGCGCUCCCAGCUGGAGGCCGAGGCCCACGCGCAGCAGCAGGAGCUGGGGGAGCUGCGCAGGGAGCUGGCCCGCCUGAGGGAUGACCGGCAGGAGGGGGCGCCGCUGAGCGCACACACCACCCCACAGACACAGAGGAGACGCAGGGCCAAGAGGCCGAGCACAGUGGAGAAGGAAAAGAAGCGCCAGCAGCCCCCUGCAGAGGCAGCUGCAGGAGCGCGCUCAGUGGAGGCCUCGCUGUGGGUGGAGUGUGGGAUGGAUCAGGACUUCCUGUCUCAAUGCUGUGGCCCUGCAGACAGCCCAGCCCACCCGUCUGUCUCCCACAACACAGGCUCCUCCUCCCCCUCACCUACACACAACACCAGCCCUGGCAUUGAAGAUGAGGAGGUGUCUGAUUUGCUAUGGGAGGCGUUACAAGAGGAGGAGCAGCAGGAGUCGGACGUUGAGCAGGCCGGCUCUGGCCGCUCCAGCGUGGAGCAGGGGGAGUCCAGCCCGCCUCGCUUCACCCUGCAGGACCUGCAGGAAGUGCUGCAGGAGCGCAACGAGCUCAAGUCCCAGGUGUUCAUGCUGCAGGAGGAACUGGCCUACUAUAAAAGUGAGGAUCAGGAAGAAUUCUUGCUUCCCAUAAAUCCAAUGCCCUCAACGCCACCAUCCCCACCGUCCAAUGAGCAGCAGGAGUCUGGGAUCAAACGCUUGAUAUUUACGGCGGUCAUGCCAAUGGUGGCUGCAGGCUUAAUAAGUGAUGACCCCACACUGCUGCCAAUCAGGAGGCUCAUCUCAUUUGUUUAGAGUUAUUUCCUGGCACAGGACAUCAACUUUACCCAUGAACUGUUCUAAUGGAGGUGGUGACAGAAGAUCUUGACGAUGUACAAGACGAUGUAUGCACAUCAAGGAGUUCCCUUUAUCCAUGCAGAUUCAGGAUGACCUUUUUUAGACUGUUUUAGGCAUGAUCACGCCUUCUUUCUAUGAUCAAUGUGCUUUUGUAAGUUUUGCUAUGUAACGUUUUUUGAGCUGGCUGAUUCUGUUUAUUUAUUUUAUUGUUUGUUUUGUUUAUCUUAAAUAUAAUGCAACACUACAGGAGAACAUGGGUGCCAAUCUGGACAAGUGUACACUAAAGUGUACAUGCAGUAAAUGUCUAUCAUCUGCUGAACCCCCCCAACACUACUUUACCAGUUGAGUUGCCAAUGGGUGGCCAGGAAAUGUGACAUACGGGUUAUUAUGUGUAUUAAAGGUAUUUUACAAAUGUGUUUUUCCCCACCACCAUCCACAAUGGCGUUGACAGAAAGAGUACAUUGGCUAAUUAAAAGAUUCAUGUUCACCCAUAGGAGGGACGCUUAUGUGGAGAGGACAUCCAUGAUCAUUACCACCUAAUGAUCUGCUAAGGAAGACCUUGAGACCAAAGACACUCUACCUACAGUAUACUGUGGUGCUCAUAGUGAGUUUGAUAAACAUGGUUUAAAGUGCCUUAUGUAGUAUAAGCAGAGGGAUUAAAAGCUGUUUGUGCAUAUUAUGUUUGUAGGUUGAGCCUAUGUGUGUCUAACUAACAAAAAAGUGAUCAAUUGUAUGCAUGGUGAUGAAGUGUUGAUUUAUUGCACUUGAUGGUGAACAGAUAUGGGACUACCUGAGGAUCUCCUUCUGACUGCUUCACUUAGAUCUAUGCAUUUUUGUAACAAUUCAAAUAUGGGCCUACUGAUCCAUGAGCCUUUUGUUUGUAUCACCUACACUAGGCCAUUAGACCAUUUAAGAAGUCAAUUGAUACAUAUUUGACAACCAACAAAACAAUAUUUUGUUUUCAAUUUUCAAAUAAAACCUGUUGUGGUCUUUA